AAUCUCUGAAAUUCUUUCUAAACUGAUGACACUGAAAUUAAAAGAGUGGACACUGAGCAUUUCCGUUUCAAAGACCUCAUACGCAACUUAGCACUUUGAUAUUUAGGGUUUUAAGUUUGAGGUGUGGCUGUUAUUGCCGACGUCGCCGCCGCUAACAAUGGCAGAGCUUUCUUCUCCGCCGACGGACCAAUUAGCUGCCGUUACUCUCGACGACGUUCCCAAAGCCGAAUUUUCCGAUCGCGUCCCGAUCCGUUCCAUAAUAUCCCGGUCUGACGGCGGGUCGGGUCUCGCCGGUCGUAAGGCGAGGAUCGGCGGGUGGGUGAAGACGGGAAGGAAGGCGGACAAGGACGCGUUUGCUUUCUUGGAGCUUAACGACGGAUCCUGCGCCGGGAACCUUCAGGUGAUCGUGGAGGCUUCGCUUGCAAACCUAGGAGAACUCGUCCCCACCGGAACCUCUGUCGUCGUCGACGGUCACCUCAAGCUUCCCCCCUCCGGCACCAGGCAGAAGGUGGAGCUUCGCGCCGACAAGGUUCUCCAUGUGGGUCCCGUUGAUCCCGCUAAGUACCCUUUGCCCAAAACGAGACUCACUCUCGAGUUCUUACGAGAUAUCGUUCACUUUCGUUCUAGAACCAACACGAUCUCUGCUGUUGCUCGAAUUCGAAAUGCUCUUGCUUAUGCUACACAUACUUUUUUCUAUAAGCAUGGAUUUCUGUAUGUGCACACGCCAAUUGUCACGACGAGUGAUUGUGAGGGUGCAGGUGAAAUGUUUCAGGUGACAACUUUGCUCAGUGAAGCAGAGAAGUUGGAGAAGGAACUUUUACAAAAUCCCCCUCCAACAGAAGCCGAUGUAGAAGCUGCUAGGGUUCUUGUUCAGGAGAAGGGGGAGAUUGUUUCCCAAUUGAAAUCUGCUAAAGCAAGUAAGCAGGAAAUUAGUGCUUCUGUGGAUGAACUUAAAAAAGCAAAGGAGAAUCUCUCGAAGCUUGAGGAGAGAUCUAAACUUAAGCCUGGUCUUCCUCAGAAGGAUGGAAAGGUGGACUAUACUAGAGAUUUCUUUGCCCGUCAAGCUUUUCUCACCGUUUCAGGCCAGCUUCAAGUUGAGUCUUAUGCAUGUGCUCUUAGUAGUGUAUAUACCUUUGGGCCAACAUUUCGUGCAGAGAAUUCUCACACUUCCAGGCAUUUGGCAGAAUUUUGGAUGGUAGAACCUGAAAUAGCUUUUGCAGAAUUGAAGGAUGAUAUGAACUGCGCUGAGGCAUAUGUGAAAUUUAUGUGUGAGUGGUUACUUGAGAACUGCCUUGAAGAUAUGGAGUUUAUGGCUGAUAAGUUUGAUAAAGGUUGCAUUGACCGAUUGAAAAUGGUUGCUUCCACCCCCUUUAUUCGUGUUUCAUAUACUGAAGCAGUGGAAAUACUAGAGGAGGCUGUGAAGAAUGGUAAGAAAUUUGAGAAUGAAGUGAAAUGGGGGAUCGAUUUAGCAUCUGAGCAUGAAAGGUACUUUCAAAUUUGUUUUUUCAAGUUCUUGUUCUUAUUGACAUACUUAACAGAGGUAAAGUUUCAGAAGCCUGUCAUUGUCUAUAACUAUCCAAAAGAAAUCAAAGCAUUCUACAUGCGACUCAAUGAUGACUUAAAGACAGUGGCUGCUAUGGAUGUGCUUGUCCCAAAGGUUGGAGAGUUAAUUGGUGGAAGCCAAAGGGAAGAGCGUUAUGAUGUCAUUCAGGAAAGAAUAAAGGAGAUGGGGCUGCCUCUUGAGCCAUAUGAGUGGUACCUUGAUCUAAGGCGGUAUGGAACAGUGAAACAUGCUGGAUUUGGUCUUGGCUUUGAAAGGAUGAUUCUUUUUGCCACCGGCCUUGAAAAUAUUAGAGAUGUGAUUCCCUUCCCACGAUAUCCUGGCAGAGCAGAUCUAUGAUCGUUAUUAUAAAUUACAAGCGGCUAUUACAAUUCUUCUGCUGAAGUAGUUUAGACAGAAAUGUAGUUUUUAAAUAUAGCAUAAAAAUUAGUCCUGUGGUGGUUACAGCCCAGAGUCAGGGUGCUGGUAAUUCCUUUUGAAAGGAUGCUGGGUUUUAUAUGUUUAAUCAACUUAUUACUUCCGUUUU